AUGGAAAAAGACGAGCCAAACACAACAUUCACGUCUAUUCCUGCAGCUUUUUGGUGGUGCCUUUUUUCACAAACCAAAUGGGUGCCACAAACUGCAUCCGGCAAAAUAGUUGGUGGAGGUGCUAUAAUUUGUGGUGUUUUGGUACUUGCUUUGCCUAUUGCUAUAUUGGUUAACAAUUUUAUGCAAGUUGUUCGUCUACGAGAAGAAAAAUUAAUUAGACAACAAUAUUAUGUAACAAAUACAGCAAGUGGAGGUUCUAUAGUUGGUGGCGAACAUCGAGUUUAA